AUGCAAGAAUUUGAGAGUUUCUGGAUGGAUGAUAUAUCAAUGUUCUUUGUUCUCUGCUUAAAUGAUAAUGAUGAUGUGAUGUUUGUUGAAGAGCGUCGUGGUGAAUGGUAUGAGUUUAAGGAAGAUCGUGGUGAUGAUAAUGAUGUGGUACUUAUGAAAGAGCGUUGUGGUAGUGGGAGCAUCUUGUAUGAAGGUGGUAAGGUAGUUUCUUAAGUAAACCACCGUUAAUUGAAAAGUUCCGCAGUUUUAUUUUUGGUUUUCUUAUACAUCAAUCGAAAGAGAGUUUCGUGCUGAUCGGGAAUAUCACCUUUUAUGCUGUCGGUUUUCACGAGGAGUAAUUCGAAAUCAAUAUCGGGAAAACAUUUUCUCCUUUGUAUUUCGAAGCUUCGAAACGUUUUUUUCCGGAUUUAGCAUUGAAAACUGAAUUAGGAAAUGUGUGUUGAAGUUUUCGGUAUGUAAUGUGAUUGUAGAAAAAUUCAUUUACAAGCAGAGCUUGAAAGGAAAGGUGCCACCGGAAGAAGGUAUCUAAUUUUUUGUGUUAAGAGACGAAGGUCUAAUUGUUGCUCCACUCUAUCGGCUUUGAGUUAAAGUACAAAAAUAUGAAUCGCUUUUUUGUAAAAUUUGUUUUAUACCUGAGAAAGUACAAUUUUUCUGAAUCAGGAGCGAAUUAAUCGGAAUUCUGCAGGUAAUUCUCCAUUUUCUCCAUUCGAACUCACUUUUUAUGCGAUAAAAAUAUUAUCCGGAGUUAGCGUCGAAAACCGAAGGAAAAGGGUGAUAUUCCUGAUCAGCGUGAAAUUCUGUAUCGAAUGAUGUAUAAAACAGCCAAAAAUAAAAAUGUGCUGAACUUUGAAUUCAGCGACGCUUUAUUCAAACUCGGGUCUCCUGUUUUAUUUCUCUGUUUAGAUGGUGGUGAGAAUGGUCUAAUCUUUAUGGAGGAAUGUGUUUCAAUGAAUGUAUAAACGUAUUUUAUCGCUUUUUCGUUUUACUUUUAGUUUUGUUGUUAUAUUUUUUUAUCCUUGUUGCGCUAUGAUUGUGUUCUGUUAAAUAAAAUCAAUACUACAAAUAACUUAGUUGCUCAAGGACGCGGAACGGUUUCUGCUAGAAACUUUUCAUUUUUCGCCACCGGUUCAACAAAAGCCAUUUACAUUUUUCCCUAACUUUAUCGUCCGAUUUCAAAGUCCUUGAGCAAAGCUCAUACAUAGUAACAUGGAGAAUUUUCUAGGCUUCAAAAUAAGCUAGAAACGAGGUUUUCAAAAAUAUGCCCACAUGUGUGAAUAGCCGAAAUACUAGGCAAAUAUCAUCGUUUUAACCUAUUGAUUGAUUGAUUGAUUUUUAUUUUCGUAACAACCAGAGGUGCAUAACCUUCCUCGUGCGCACCCGCGCGGGUGGGGAAAUUUUUUGAAAAGUUGUUCUACUGGGGGAAAUUUAAGAUACAACAGCCUGGGGAAAUUUCUGGAAAAAAUUUUCGUGGGUGGGGAAAUUUUUUAUUUUUUGGAAGAUUCUGCACCUCUGGUAACAACAAAAGACAGAAGAUAAACAUACAAUAAAAACAGAAACCUUUAAUUUUCAUCAAAAACCGGUUACCGAGAAAGCAAAAAAAUAUGCGAUGCGCCAAUAAACCUUGCUACCCUUUUCAUAGUUGGAGAUGCUGCCUUGAACAAACUAUUUUGGUACUUUAAAGAAAUAUUUCUUGAACUCCACUCAGAGCCGGAAUAUUUUAUAUAUAGAAACAGAGAGAAUUUUCUGGGAUUCAAAAUAAACUCUAAAUAAGUGUUUGAAAAAUAUGCUCAUAUAGCACAAUUGUCGAAAUACUUGGCCGACAUCAUCAUUUUCGCCUCAGUGCUUUAAAUACUCCUUUAGUCAUUUUUCUAAAAAUUAUAUAUUUUUCAAAAACAUACCAUUGGAUAGCCCUUGAAAUUCUCUACAAAGUGAGCUGAUCAGAAUAUUCAGGCAAGUGGAACCAGUCAUUAAAGACAUGUACAAGAAGCGUUUGGGUGUUAUCUAUGCAGUACAGAAUAUCAUAAUCACAAGAACUCCUUUGUUUUUUAUUUUUCGGUAAAAGCUGGAACUAAUCGGAAUACUGUUUUGAAUAGCCCGAAGAUUUUUCUAUCAAAUGAGGUGCAUAUCGCCGUAUCAUGGGAAAAGUUGAUAAUAGGAGAAAUCGGACGAUAAAGUUGGGGAAAAAUGUAAAUGGCUUUUGUUGAACUGGUGGCGAAAAAUGAACAGUAAUUUUUGUUUGAAAGACACCAAAAGGAAUUUUUGAGAGUGGGAAGUGCUAGGAAGUGAAAAUGGAAGCAUUUGCGAUCAUUUGAUUCAAAAUCAUAUCGGGCCAUUUUCUAGCAGAAACCGAUCCCGGUUCUUUGUGAUAGUUCGAACAGUUCCUAGUUCCUAGUGCUGACUUUUUUCGAAAAACGAUCAUUGUCAUGAGACUUAUCGUGAUGGAUAACCCAUGUUUCCGUUCAUUUUCGACAUUACCGCGCCUAAGGAAAUAUCGAUCGUUGAGCUUAGAGAAAACAAGAUGCCGCGCCUAAAGAAAGUGACAAGACGGUUUGUUACUUUCUUAUGAAUAUCUUAUAAGUAUCUUAUGAGCCAUUGCACGUAAGCCACGACCGACGUGCUUCAAUCGAUAUUCUCGAAACUUUUCCAAAGUAGGGGGCUUUUGUAGAUCAAACAUUUUAAGGAAUUUUGGUGAAAGGCGCAAAUCAAAAAGUUGUAUCGUUCCUGAGAUAUUGAUAUUUUACGAAAAGCCCUGAAAAACGUAGAUUCCGCCAUCUUGAAAAUUUGCCAAAUUUAAACUCUUCUAACGCAG